CCAGGUACCACCAUGCUAGCAGGGUACAAAGAUCAAGACAAGCAUUCUUCACAUGUGUCUUGAAAAGCAUGUUUUAUAUCCAAAGAAAAGCUUGAAAUGUGUCAUUUAAACAGGCUGAGUACGAACAUUCAGAACUUUUGCUAACAGGCUAACAUUAAGGCUACAGUUUAGCAUGUCCUCCGUCAACAUGCCGCAGAAGUAAACUCGGUCAGGACACAGUUAGUGCAGGAUGUUUGCGUGUAAAGGUCUCAUUCACCUCGUAAAGCACAGGAACCUGCUGUGGACACUUCGAAGAAAUGUCAACACCUGGUCACCUGUUGGAGCUGCUUUUAAUACCAAACCCCACAGGAGCCUGGAGCUUUUUGAGAAAAACGUGGGGUUGUUUGGAGUCCCUGAACUCACCUGUCCUGCAGGUUUCCAGGUAGCAACAAGGGCAGCCCUGCAGAGCACAGAGCACCUGCUGGAGAGAGCUUGUUCUUCCCCUCCAGGUGUGGAGACUGUCCAGUGUUUUGACCAGCUCUCUGAUGGUCUGUGUAAAGUAGCUGAUCUGGCUGACUUUAUUAAAGUGGCUCAUCCAGACCCAGAGUACCGCGAGGCUGCAGAGAAGGCCUGCAUAGAGAUUGGCACCGUUGUGGAGAAACUGAACACCAAUGUUGAAUUGUGCAGAAGCCUGAAGAAUUUGCUGGACAACCCAAAGGCUGUGGCUCAGCUGGACCCUGACACAAGGCGAGUGGCAGAGUUGUUCAUGUUCGACUUUGAGAUCAGUGGAAUUCAUCUGGAUGACAAACUGAGGAAAGAGGCUGUUGGCCUUCAUGUAAAGCUGCUGGACCUGAACAACGAGUUCCUGAUUGGCUCCCACAUGCCAAACAGAAUCUCAAAGUCUGUGAUUCCCAACCAUCUACACGUGCACUUUGCAAGUGAGGGAAGCUUCUUUCAAGUCGGGGGACUACAUGCAGAUUCCCCUGAUGAUCUGCUUCGUGAGAUUGCAUACAGGAUUUACCUCUAUCCUAAUGCAGAUCUGAUGGAGUGCCUAGAGGAGCUGCUGAAAUGCAGAUACAAACUAGCCAAACUAGUGGGCUACGAGUCGUACGGACACAGGGCUCUAAAGGGAACCAUGGCCAAAACACCAGAGACAGUGAUGAGCUUCCUGCAGCUGUUAACAGACAAGCUGUCGCAUCGAACAGCAAAAGAUUUUCAGAUGAUGAAAGACAUGAAGAAAAAACUCAACCCUCGUAAUUCAGAGCUCAUGCCCUGGGAUCAUCCAUUCCUCAGUGGUGUCUUGCGUGCUGAAAGGUACAACAUAGAGCCCAGUUUGUACAGUCCCUACUUGUCUCUCGGCGCAUGUAUGGAAGGUUUGAACAACGUUUUCUCUCAGCUGUACGGUGUCUCCCUCAUGUCUGAGCAUCCAGGAGCUGGAGAAGUGUGGAGCGAAGAUGUUCGCAAACUGGCUGUGGUGCACGACACGGAUGGAUUAUUGGGAUAUAUCUACUGUGACUUUUUCCACCGGCAAGAUAAACCUCAUCAGGACUGUCACUUCACCAUUCGUGGUGGUUGCUGGUCUCAGGAGACGGGCCAGUACCAGUUGCCCGUCGUGGUGCUGAUGCUUAGCCUGCCUCACCCCACAAAGAGCGCCCCCACCCUGCUCACUCCAGGCAUGAUGGAAAACCUAUUCCAUGAAAUGGGACACGCCAUGCACUCCAUGCUGGGACGUACUCACUACCAGCAUGUGACAGGAACCAGAUGUGCAACUGAUUUUGCUGAAGUCCCCUCCAUCCUCAUGGAGUACUUCGCCACAGACUACCGAGUCAUUAGCCAGUUUGCUCGUCAUUAUGAAAGUGGAAAGCCAAUGCCUGAGAGUAUGGUGGCUCGUCUAUGUGAGUCCAAGAAGGUGUGUGGAGCAGCAGACACCCAGCUCCAGAUUUUCUACGCUGUCUUGGACCAGAUUUACCACAGUAAACCGCAAAAACGCUCCACCACAGAGAUCCUGAAGGAAAUGCAGGAGAAAUUUUACGGCUUGCCUUACACGCCCAAUACGGCAUGGCAGCUGAGAUUCAGCCAUCUGAUCGGCUACGGGGCCAAGUACUACUCAUACCUCAUGUCUCGGGCUGUAGCCUACAUGGUGUGGAAACAGUGCUUCCUUCAAAAUCCUUUAAACAGGGACAUGGGUGAGCGUUACCGCCGGGAAAUGUUGGCCCAUGGAGGAGCCAAAGAGCCCAUGCUGAUGGUGGAAGGUAUGCUGCAGAGACGGCCUACCCUAGAGGACUUUGUGGACGCCCUGGUGUCAGAGCUCAACCCAAACUUUGAAACUUUCCUCAUGGAUUCUGAGAACUAAAGAAUUAUCAUCUCUACACUGUAUCAGUAAAUUAAUUCACCUUUCUGUAAUCCUUUUUUGACUUGUCUAAUUUACU